AUGUCUAAACGGCCGAAAACCUUUUCGAAGCAGGCCAAGGGGAAGCAGAAGGCGGAGCCGAAAUUGGAGACCGCAGAUGACUUUCUUGCUGCCGGCGUGGAUCAUGAGGAAGCUGCGGGAAAGCACCGCGCCGGAGAUGCGGCAAAGUCGAUGAGAUUCUUUCAGCGCGCCGGGACAGCCUAUGACCAGGGCCUUGCGCUAUAUCCCCAGAACUUCGACCUCGCGUACAACAAGGCACGAGUAUUGCUAGAGGUGGCAACGCACCCCGCCCUCGUAGGACAACUGCAAGAACCUCUCCUGGGUGCACUUCGGACAACCUUGGAUGCCCACCAAUAUGCGCUGAAGCUCAAGCCCGACAACGCCGAUACUCUCUUCAACACGGCUCAAGUUCUGACAAGUAUUGCCGAAGAACUUGCCACGGAAGAUAUUGACAACUUUGGGAAGGAGGCUCUCAAGCUACUAGAGGAAGCACUGGAAUUGCAGGCCAAGUGCUUCUCCGUCCAAGAGACCACUCAUGCCGAGUUUCUUGAACAGGAACGGCUAGCCAAUGAGCAAUCAGGGAUUGCUGAAGGAGAAGAGGAGCCUGUCGUAUCUGAAGAGACCGCUGAGCAAGAAUCAUCUAAUGAAGACGACCAGUGGGCGACUGUUGAGGAGGCGGUCACAUAUGACACACUCGUCGACACGCUGGUCGCGCAGCUGAAUACUCUGACGACAUUGUGUCAGCUUCUCAACGACGCUUCUGGGUCUAUUCCGUCGCACGUUCUGCCGAUGAUUGAGAAUUAUUCCUCAAAGUACAUCCAGAAAAUUCAGGCAAUCUCUCAACAUACGCCAGAGAGGUUGCACGAGAUUGCACUCUCGAAAGCCAAGUUCACGUCUUCCCUGCUCGAAGCGGGCUUCAGAUCCGGCCAACUCGACGCCAUGACUUACAGGAGGGAGCGUGACGCUGCUUUUUCUGCGCCGGAGUUAUUUGCAACCGAACCCUUCGAGUCAUUUGUUGCGAACGCUCGUUCCUUGACCUCGUUCAACUCAGCUCUCGCAGAUGCCAACGCCGACAACUCCAUUCUUCGAUGGAAUGCGCUUACAGAGGCUACACAGUUCCUCAGUGAGGCAUCAAAGAUACAGCGGAUCGAUCAUGACGAUCUGGUCACGACGCACAUGCUUCGUGGAGCUUCCAACCUGUCUCUUUACGCUUUGGCCUUGCCGCCCAUCUCGCAUCCGGCGGCUACCAAGAGUGCAGCUCAGCUACUCAAGAAUGCAGAGGUGUUCUACCGCAAUGCAAGCAAAAUGUCAGGAGAUGAGGAAGAGAAGGAAAUAGCUCAGCUGCGCUCGCUUGUCGCUAGCAGCCUUCAGAACAAAGCUUCCUUGGACGCAGAGUUCGACAUAAUGGCUGUAGUGCAGGCAAGUCGGAAGGAUCCGUCGUGGGUGAUGGAACAGCUAUCCGAGAUGCAGGACGAAGGACUACUGCCGAGUGAUGCGUAG